AUGUCGCCGACGCCUCUUAGGUCAGACUCACAAGGCGUUUCGAAGUCGAUAGGGAUGGAAUGGUACGAUCUCUCUGAAGCGCGCCAGAUCCAGUGGGCGCUAUGCGACAGCCCGAACGCCAAAUGGGGCUGGGCUAUUUACCGAUGCUCGUAUAAACCCGAGCUCGCUGGCAUUUGGGAGGGCCUCAAAAGCAGGAUUAUCGAAGACUCGAGGCGGUUUAUCGCUGAGUCGGACGCCCCCGACAUUGUCGAAAAGCUCGACUAA